AUGCCGCCGUCCCAACUCAAACAGCUCAAGGCGUCUCUGCGCGACAGCGGCGUAAUCCGCCCGCAGCAUUCAAAAAAGAAGCGCCGUCAAGACGACAAGAACGGCGCCAAAGCGGCACAGACACGCAUCCAGCGGAAUGCGGCUUUGGAGCGGAUUCGAGAGCAGUUCAAUCCGUUUGAGAUCAAGCCGGCAGCGCGGGGUGCCAAAUUCGAUGUGACUACUAGAGAUGGCUCGUCCAAGGCUGGGGGACAAGCCCGGCCGGGUGUGACCAAGUCUUUGGGAGAAGAGCGAAGACGGGAAACGCUAUUGAGAGAACUACAUUCGCGAAACAAGGUUGGCGCUAUCAACGAUCGACGAUUCGGCGAAAACGAUCCCACCAUGACGCCCGAAGAGAGAGCCGCCGAACGGUUUGCUCGCGAAAGCCAGAGAAAGCUCCGCAAAGAAUCCCUGUUCAAUUUGGAAGAGGAUGGGGAGGACGAUGAACUGCUGCUCACGCAUUUAGGCGAAUCUUUAUCUUUUGGGGAGAAAGGUGAUGACUUUACCGAGGACUUGGAGGCCGGUCAAUCGUCAGACGACGACGAGGAGGCUGGCCUAAAGCGCAAGCGGAUAGCACCUCUUGACGAAGUUGACGACAUGGAGGGUCUUGCUUCUGACGACGAUGAAAACCAAGAAGAGCCGCUGCGGAAAAGAUCCAAAGCCGAGGUCAUGAAGGAAGUCAUGGCCAAGUCGAAACUGCACAAGUUUGAGCGACAAAAGACAAAGGAAGAAGACGACGAGCUCCGGGCCGAACUCGACCAGGGGCUGCCGGAUUUGUUUGACCUGAUGCGCGGUAUCAAACCGGCGCCCAAGCCAGAAGCCAAAGCAGAACCUCCUAAAGAGUUUGGGCAUAUGGACCCUGCUCGGGCAGCUCUUUUACAAGGCAAGAACAAGGGCGAAACGGAUGCCGAGUAUGAUAAACGACUGAAGCAAAUGAUGUACGACAAACGGUCGCAGCCGACUGACCGCACCAAGACGGAGGAAGAGAAGGCGCAAGAGGAUGCAGCAAGACUAAAAGCGCUGGAAAUUGAUAGAUUGCGCCGUAUGCGUGGAGAGGAAGACAGCGAGGUCGAGUCUGAAAAGGAGGAGGAGAUGGUGGAGGAGGAGAAUGACGAUUUCAUUCCGGACGACGCCAAAGCGUUUGGUCUGGCCUAUGAGGAUCCGACUCGUGCGGAGUUGGGAGUAGAGGACGAGGAUGAUUUCGUGAUUGACGACGACCUGGUUGAAACAGACUCGAACGCCAGUCUUUCGUUUAUCCAGAGUGACGAGGAGGAGGAAGAGGAAGAGGAAGAACCCGAGAGUGACGACGAAUUGAUGAACGAAUUUGCCGACUCGAGCACGGACAUGAAGACACUUUCGGUUUCUGCCGACACCAACACCAAACUAGCCUACACGUAUCCAUGCCCUGGGAGCCACGAGGAAUUGCUGGCUGUGCUCAAAGACGUCCCAGUCGACGACAUCCCAGUAGUCAUCCAGCGCAUCCGAGCUCUUUACCAUCCACGCUUAAACGCAGAAAACAAAGCCAAACUCGGACGGUUCUCGCAGGUGCUCGUUGAACAUGUGGCCUACAUGGCCACCCAAAAAGACAGAGGGUCGUUUACAGUCAUCGAAAACAUGCUCCGGCAUAUCCACUCCAUGGCAAAGAGCAACGGCGAGCCCGUGGCGCACGCAUUCCGCGAGCAUCUCCGCAAGAUAUCGACAGAACAGCCUCUAAACCUGCAGCCGGGCGAUCUAGCCAUCCUAACAGGCGUCAUGACCGUGUUCCCCACGUCGGACCAUUUCCAUGCUGUCGUCACGCCUGCCAAUCUCUGCAUUGCGCGGUAUCUCGGGCUGAGCAGUGUUAAGAGCGUAUCAGACCUUGCUACGGGGGCAUACCUGGCGACGCUGUGUCUACAGUUUCAGAGUCUUGCGAAAAGGUUUGUGCCCGAGUUUGUCAACUACUGUUUGAGCGCACUGAGCAUGCUGUCACCUACGGAGAUCAAGCAGAACCUUGGACCGGUGUUUCUCCGCGCCUCGGAGGAGUCGCUACGACUAGUCUCGGCUGGAAAUGAUAUCAAAAAGCUGAGAUUCUGGGACGUGAUCGGCACAGACAUCUCUCCAGAGUCUACAGAAUCUCUCAAGGCCAGUCUCAUAGAAUUGUUUGUGUCUUUGCUAGAGAGCGCAGCCACACUCUGGAGCGGCAACAAAUCCGCCUUUGAAGAAAUCUUCCACCCAGCCCAGCUCGUGCUUAAACAGCUCCAAAAAGCUAGCCUGCCACCACAACUCAAGACCAAAACCUCCUCGACACUCACGCACCUCACCACUCUCUCCAAACAAUCCCGCCGCGCGCGCCGCCCCUUGUUGCUACACAACCACCGGCCGCUCGCCAUCAAAACCUCCAUUCCCAAAUUCGAAGAAGACUUCAACCCAGACCGCCACUACGAUCCGAACCGCGAGCGCGCAGAACUCAGUCGACUGCGGGCCGAGCACAAGCGCGAGCGCAAGGGGGCGAUGCGCGAGCUGCGCAAGGAUGCCAACUUUGUGGCACGCGAGUCGCUGCGCGAGAAGAAGGAGCGCGAUGCAGCUUAUGAGAAGAAGUACAAGCGGCUUGUGGCAGAGAUUCAGGGCGAGGAGGGCCGUGAAGCGAAAGCGUAUAAUAGGGAGAGGAAAAUGCGUACGGGGAAAAAGUAA